UCCGCCCUCCUCAGUGUCCCGGAUGUAGCCGCCGCUUUCACCGAAGCUGCGCACGCUCGACCCGUGAAGGGGGAUUGUUGUCUGCGGCCUGGGAGUCCGGAGAGGCCCAGGAGGAGCGGAGGGGGCCGCCGCCGCAGCUGCUCGGUCUGCUUCCUGCGGGAGACGCGGGUGUUGCCUCCCCCCGGGCUGGAGGAGAGCGGAGAGAAAACACACACACACGGGCCCCGGAGGGUUUGUGGAUUCUCCUCCUAGCACUGCAAUAAGAGGAGCAUUGAACUGAGUAUAGAAGGUGGAAUUCUCCGGCAAGAUGUCCAUAACCAACACCCCUACAAGUAACGAUGCUUGUCUGAGCAUCGUCCACAGCUUGAUGUGUCAUCGCCAGGGAGGGGAGAGCGAGACCUUUGCCAAGCGGGCCAUUGAGAGUUUAGUGAAAAAGCUGAAGGAGAAGAAGGAUGAACUGGAUUCCCUGAUUACCGCAAUCACUACAAAUGGAGCACACCCUAGCAAAUGUGUCACUAUACAAAGAACGUUAGAUGGCCGUCUGCAGGUGGCUGGUAGAAAAGGCUUCCCUCACGUCAUAUAUGCCCGACUCUGGAGAUGGCCAGAUCUUCAUAAGAAUGAAUUGAAGCAUGUCAAGUACUGUCAGUAUGCAUUCGAUUUGAAAUGCGACAGCGUCUGUGUGAAUCCUUAUCACUAUGAACGUGUUGUGUCCCCAGGGAUAGACUUGUCCGGGCUCACAUUGCAAAGCACUGCGCCAUCUGGCUUGCUAGUGAAGGAUGAAUAUGGCCAUGACUAUGAAGCACAGCAGAGCAUCUCCUCUUCUGAUGGACAUUCUAUUCAGACAAUUCAGCACCCGCCAAGUAACAGGUCAUCCAGCGAGAGCUACAGCAAUGCUUCAAUGCUGGCACCCAGCGAGCCGAGCACCCCCAAUCCUUCGUCCUUCUCCAGCAUACCUGUUCCUUCAACCAAUUACCAUGAACACAGACCUCUCUUCAUCUCCAUAACCCCUCCAUGUUCACAGGCAGAGAGCACAGGAAGUUGUCAGCUCACAAGAUUUCUUGCAAAAUCGACAGGUCAGCCUGCCAGUUUAUUGGCAGCUUCACACGCUGAUGGACUGCUGCAGAUUGCCUCUGUGCCGCCUCAGGGGACGCCGCAAAAUGGCUUCAGUGCUCAACCGGCCACAUAUCAUCACAACAGUACCACAACCUGGACUGGAAGUAGAACAGCAGCUUACACACCCAAUAUGUCUCACCACCAGAACGGACAUCUUCAGCACCAUCCACCCAUGCCCCAUCCCGGACAUUACUGGCCUGUUCACAAUGAACUUGCAUUCCAGCCUCCAAUUUCCAAUCAUCCAGCCCCUGAGUAUUGGUGCUCUAUUGCUUACUUUGAAAUGGAUGUUCAGGUGGGCGAGACCUUCAAAGUCCCUUCAAACUGCCCCAUUGUCACCGUGGACGGUUAUGUAGACCCAUCUGGCGGUGAUCGCUUCUGCUUAGGUCAGCUGUCCAAUGUACAUAGAACAGAAGCUAUUGAGAGAGCAAGGUUACACAUAGGGAAAGGUGUGCAGCUGGAGUGUAAAGGUGAAGGGGACGUGUGGGUGCGCUGUCUUAGUGAUCAUGCCGUGUUUGUACAGAGCUACUACCUGGACAGAGAAGCUGGGCGUGCUCCCGGAGACGCCGUUCACAAAAUUUAUCCAAGUGCAUAUAUUAAGGUAUUUGACCUGCGGCAGUGUCAUCGACAGAUGCAACAACAAGCGGCUACAGCCCAGGCAGCGGCAGCAGCACAGGCAGCCGCUGUAGCCGGCAACAUACCUGGUCCCGGAUCUGUUGGUGGCAUUGCACCAGCCAUAAGUCUAUCUGCAGCAGCAGGAAUUGGUGUUGAUGACCUCCGUAGGCUGUGCAUUCUGCGGAUGAGCUUUGUGAAGGGCUGGGGUCCCGAUUACCCCAGGCAGAGUAUAAAGGAGACCCCAUGCUGGAUUGAGAUUCACUUACACCGUGCUCUUCAACUGCUGGAUGAAGUCCUUCACACCAUGCCCAUCGCAGACCCCCAACCUCUGGACUGAUGAACCCACCAAGCAAGGCGCCAUCACAAAUGUAUCCGUUACAUUGUCAGGAUGGAGGACUGAAAAGCGCAAUCAUGUUUGUAAUCGUGAUUUUAUAGAUAUAUAUCUAUAUAUCGCACUAUAUGCACAUAACUUCUCCCGCUUACUCCAGGUCAGGGUAGAUUCAGACUUUUACUUGGGGCCCUCAGAUCCCAUUUUACAUUUUAUCUAACAAAUUUUUUUCCCACUUAAUUUGACCUGACGAUAAAAUAUUUUUUUUUAUUUUUUA